AUGGGCAAGGUGUUGUAAGUUUUUUACUAUGUUAUACUUGGGAGACAUAAAGAUUCAAUUUUUUUUUACUUCUUUGCUUUUAAAUUAUUUUGGGAUGUUCAAUUAAUUCUGAGCCUUCUUUUAAAACGAAUUUUCGGGGUCAGAGGCACAGAAUUAUUUAAAUAACCUAAAGUUUUAAAAAUAAAUUUUCAAAUUUAAUUUUAAACAAAAACCACUUUCAGCAUCCUCAUAGUAUUCAUAGUAACAUGCACAACAAUAGUCUCAGCAUGUUGUUGUUGUGAUUGUUGUUGCUGCGAUUGUUGCUGUUGUUGCCCGUGCUGUUGUUGUUGCUGUUGUAAGAAGAAGAGUAGUUGUCCUCCUGGUCUAAUAUUGAACUCAACCAGAGCACGACGUAAUGUGAAACUACUACGACCUCAAACUUUGGAUGAACUUGAAGCUAACCGUGCCCGAAUUAUUGCUGAAAGGAAAGCCCGUUCACAUGGUCAAGGUUGUGGUAGCAGCUGUGGUGGAAAAUGUGAAGGAGGGUGUGGUGGUACUGGUGGUUGUGUUGCUGGUACUGGCGGAUGUAUUGCUGGUAGUACUGAUGGAUGUACUGGCUGCACAAUGCAAAAACGUGAUGCAGAAUGUAAGAAGUGUGAGAACGCUGAACGUGAAAAGCUACAGAGCUCAAGCUCAGAACAACUUAAUUCACCGUCAAACUCAUCAUCUCUAGUACGAAGAGAGUGCAAUUGCAAAAAUGGUUGUACUCGACCAGCGCGAGUCAAGUUCCAUCAACUUAAGCCCACAUUACCAUCAAACUCAUCAAACCAAGAAGAAUUCAAAUGGAAAUCCAUCAACCAGAUACGACAAGAUGAAUAUAAAGAACGACUUCGACUGGUCGCUGAAGAACAGAACGCCAGAGAAGAAGCGGAACGGAACGGCGUGUCUCCAACUCCAAAACCAAAGGCUACAACAACUACUACUAGCACAACAACCGCAAUACCAACAUCAUCCACGUUUUGGCCUCCAAAUGUUCAAGUUAAAGAGGUUGGCGACAUAUCAUACGAACCGUGGAGUGAAGAAGAUGACGGUAAAAGUCACAGAAGGCCAAAGAACGGAAAACCAAAGAAAAUAAGAAGACCGAUCAACAAGAAUCAACUUAACAUACCAUCGGAUGGCAAGACCAAAGAGAUCAAAGGCACCGUACGAUGGCCUCAAAGACUACCGAUCAGAGAUGAGGAUGGUAAAGAGAAUGGUAGGAUGCAUAAACAAGGACGAAUUCAGACCGGAAAUGAAGUUAGAACGAAAGGACAUUCUGUGCAAAGGAGAGAUGGUAAGUUGUAAUAAUAUAAUAAGUAAAAAUUAUAAUAAGGAAAGAUUAACAAGGAAUGUAGUCGACGUAGAACUAUCAGUUUCUCUUCAAAUGUUUCCUAUAAUAAGGUCAAGUAAAUUAAAAUAAAUGUAUGAUUUUAUGCAAUAUAUUAGAGCGCGGUUUGUAGCCAAUUUUGAGUGAGAUCUAAAAAUUACGUUUUAAAUUCCUUCAAAAUUGGCAUUGUGUUUCAAGCUUAAAACUUUGGCUUUAUUUGAUUUUCACUUAUUUUUCUUAGAUAUACUAGUAGAAACCUCUUAAAUGAACUUACAUUUUUAAAUUUAUAAGCCUAUCUUAUCUAGAAAAUCGAAAAACGUGCUUGCAACACAAUGCCAAAAUUGUCAAAAUGCCAGGAAAUUUAAGGAACUGUGACUCGUAAAACACAAAAUUCUUAGCUAUGAUAACUUUUUAUACGUACAAUUGGUACUACAACCAACAUUUAAACCAUUUCACACAAUUUUGACCGUUCCACGUCGAAGCCUUUUCUUGUAUGAUACUGUAAAUUUAAUAUUAUUAAUCAUGCUCAAAAAUACGAAAAUUAAACAGUGUGCUACACUUUUAGUUGCUUCUCCCUUCUGUCCUUUCCUAGUUUAUGUUAAAGCUAACCCUGUUCCCAUUUAGAACCCUCACUUAUUGGUAAGAUUGAUAUAAACAAUGAUACCACAGUAAAUGAAAGUGUGUUUCAACGAUUUAAACGACAAGUGGCACAACUUGCGUUGAAUACAAUGUCACAUUCCAUGAACAAAUUUGCUCAGGAAUUCUUUGACGAUGAAGAUUACGGUGUUCAACGUGCUCACAUUAAUUCUCAAUAUAUUGGGCCUAACAGUCAGUAUACUGUACCUAAUAAUCAACAAAUAUCUAAGCAGUAUCAAGCCGUUCCGGUACACAAUUUGCGAUUUGAAGCUACAGUAGUUGCAACUAAAGGAAGAAAUAGUACGGAUGAACAAGUAGUACCAGAAGAGUCAAAAAUAGUACCAGGAGAGAAGCAAGCAGUACCAGAAGAUAAAACAGCAAUACCAGAAGUAAAGACAGAUGAAGAUACUACUAACUUAACUACUAUUUUAAGAAAUGAGCUGACUACAGUAAGCUCAGUAACUACUCCUACAAGUCAAGAAGCUACAACGACAAGUAGUUCUGUUAUAACAGGCGAUAGUACUACUAUGAUACCAGAAGAUAUUAAUGGCACAAUUAGUACUGAUGAGUUUGCGUUGCCUCAAGUAUCAACAAACCUAGAAUCUCAAGUACCAACGAGCUUAUAA